AUGUCUAGUAAUAAUCAACCUAUAAAAUAUCCUUGGUGGUACGGUGGUGCCGCGGGAUGUUUUGCUACAAUCGUUACACAUCCGUUGGAUCUGGCGAAAGUUAGAUUACAAGCUGCUACAUUACCAAAACCGACCAUUGGAGGAAUGAUGACAGGGAUAUUGAAACAUGAAGGUGUCGUAGGCCUAUAUUCCGGUUUGAGUGCAGCUCUGCUGAGACAAUGUACUUACACUACAGCUAGAUUCGGGGCGUACGAUCUUAUAAAACAAAAACUGAUUCCAAACGAUCAAUUGACUAACAUGGUCUAUCUAUUACCAAGUUCAAUGGUAAGUGGUGCAAUUGGUGGUCUGGUAGGAAAUUUUGCAGACGUUGUUAACAUUAGAAUGCAAAACGAUUCGGCUUUGGAAUUAGCUCAACGUAGAAAUUAUAGAAAUGCAUUGGACGGUGUCUAUAAGAUUUAUAGAUACGAAGGUGGGUUAAAGACUUUGCUAACUGGUUGGAAACCAAAUAUGGUGAGAGGUGUUUUGAUGACUGCCAGUCAAGUCGUCACUUAUGACGUCUUUAAAAACUAUCUGGUGACUCAAUUGAAUUUCGAUCCUUCUCAAAAUACUACACAUUUCUCCGCUUCGUUAUUGGCAGGUCUAGUCGCUACCACAAUCUGCUCCCCAGCUGAUGUCAUCAAGACCAGAAUCAUGAACGCUAAGGAUGAACAUAGAUCGGCUAUGCAAAUAUUAAGAACAGCCAUCAAGACCGAGGGUCCUUCGUUCAUGUUUAGAGGUUGGUUACCAAGUUUUACAAGACUAGGCCCGUUCACUAUGCUAAUCUUCUUUGCCAUCGAACAAUUGAAAAAACAUAAAAUUGGGAUGCCAAAGGAAUUGAAAGAAAACUGA